AUGAAGCCCUUAAAAUUUUUCUCUCAACUAUUUUAAAGUCUGGUAUCUCCAGUGUUUUGUUUGUUUUCUUGCACAGUCUGUCUGUCUGGAAGCAUUCAAUAGUCUUUUCCAGCUUUGUUUUUUUUUUUCAUUGAUGCACAUUUAGCCACAUACUACUCAUGUCCCAGGCAGAAGUAAAUACUUAUUUGUGUCAAUUAUGACCAAUAUGUUUUUUUUCACGAUAAUUCCUUAUUCGCACUAAAAUCAUCAUAUUAAUAUCUGUAUAGAAUAACAAUAAGAUCUUGUCACAGAGUUUUUGUUUGUAGUUUUAUAUAUAGCACACUUCUAGGCAUCUAGUAAAUGUUUGACAAAAGAUAUUUCAUAAACAAAUGAUUUCAGAGCUUGGGAAAAUCACAAUUUGCUUCCCCCGGCUUUGGAGUAUCUAUCCGAAGUCUACCACCCAAACUGGAUACAUAGAGAAUCAGCUUUGGUGUUAAGAGCUCUCAGCUUCACUCCACGGCGGCUUACGGGCCGCUCGACAUUAACUAGUGUGCCAAAGCAAAGCUCUCAAAUCAAACACUGCUCCUAUAAUAUGAGAGUGAAUUUUCUUUCUUCCGUUUGUUCAACUAUUUUCUCACAUCUAUUAUACACUGGUGUAAGUUAUUGAAAGGACAGACAGAUGCCAAAAUUCCAUGAAUGUUUCAUAUCCAUUUCCAUUAUGUUUUCUAUGAAUUUCCUUGAAUUUUCAAGCCCUUCUGUAGAGGAGGAACACUUACUGAGGAAAAAGGCUAUACCGCGCAAAAGGCUGUACUCGCGCAAAAGGCUAAUGGGGGACUCUGAAUGCUGGAGGAUUUCACAAAGAGAAAGGGCACUAGGAUUGUGGUACAGAUGUCUCUCUAGUCUGGAGACACUUGAAUUUUUAUGUUUUUAACAUGGUCCGUUUCAGAAGGGAACCAUAUGCUCCUUGGUACCUGGGUAUGAUUUGAGAUGGAGAAUUCUAAUUGCUCAGCAUAUACAGAUCUGUAUUUUGACGAAGUGUCCAUCGUUACUGGCCCCCUCUACAGUCCCGAAAUGCUCAAUUCUCAAUUUUUCCUGUUGUUGACAUGUGUUACCAAAGAAAGGCCAGUGUACAGGUUGUGAGUUAUUUAUCAUUUGCUUCUAAUUAUACCUACAUCUUUUUUUUGUCUCUCUGAAUAAUUCCUAAUCAUUUCUUUCUGCCUUGUAUGUUGUCUGUUUACAUAAUCAGAUGCUCUCUUUUUAUAAAACAGGUUUGGUGGGAGUUGAUGUCCUAUGGCAGAACUAUUCAUUGAUGUCGAAGUCAGUGAGAAUAACCAUGCCCUGCUGAAAAUCAUUUGCCAUGUGGGAUGACCUACACUUUGGCAGACUGAAAGCCAAAUCUGUCACAAUUCUAGAAAGCAAAUGGUUAGCAGGAUAACUUAAUCUGAUGUGUUUAUUUAUGCGAGUUAGCAUAUGAGGAAAAUGAACCAAUUUUCAUCACACCACCCACAGUUAGAAACAGCCAUGUGGCAGAGCAGAUAAUAGAGAGCAAAGGGAUUAUGUGUUUAUUGUCGGUUCCUGUCAAAGGAUUCUCAUCCCCUAUGUCACAAUUCCUAUAUAAAUGGGGCCUAUGAACCCAAGGUAAGGACUGAAAUCCAGCACAGCAAUGCAGUACUCAUGCUGCAAAAGGCUAUUUCUGUCUUGAACGCAUGUAUACCAAAGUGAUAGAUCAUCAAGAAUUACUGUUGUAACAUGCUCUUAGUGGCUAGACAUUCUCUGAAAUCCGAGUCCAAAAUUCUUAUCAGUUUCAGAAAGAGUAGUCCUGGAGCACAUUUCUUCUUUAGGACCCACAAAUAAAAAUUUGAGGAACACUUGUUACGGGUAUCUUAGGAGUGGGGUGCAGCCUUCAUCAUCCUCUUCUGCCCCCUUGUGGUUUCCUUUCCUCACAUCGGACUCUUGCCCUAGGCGGCAAACAACCCCUUCUAAAAGAACCAUAAUGUUAAUUACCUUGUAAAUAUCCAGAAAAGUCCCUGACUAAACUGAGAUUGCUGCUUAGUUUUCAGAAGAAAGAAAGAUCCAAUACACGGCAAGACAUGGGUCCUACUGUUGAGCUGAUUUUUCAGAAAGUUUCCUGUAUUCUCUAUUUUUCUAGUUAUCUUUGUAAGUCUCUGCUAGCCUAUUUGCUAUUUUAUGGCUCAUUGCUUCAUUUUUGAUUUUUAGAAUGUCUUUCACACUCUAUUGUCUCAUCUCACCUACUUCACAGGUGGAUUCUCCCAUAUUAAAAAUGCCGCCUCCAUGAAUUUCUGUUACUUAACUUCCAAGAUUCCUUUUCUUCCCUUGCUAACUGACGCGGGUUUUUUUUUUCUGCCUGUCUCUAUGAUGCAGUCAGUACUAUUCUUCUAGAUGAGUGUAGAUUUUUUUCUCUCUUAACACACUCUUUUGCAACAAUGUUCACUACUGUUGCUCUGUUUUGAUUUUUUAAAAAAAAAUGGACAAACUUGCCUCCCAAUCCUCUGAGUGAAUACAGAUAUAUGAGAGCACCUAGGGUAUUCCAGGUUGACUGCCCCGUGCCUGGCAAGUACUUAUUAAUCUCUCUUACCCUGUGCCUCCUGCCUUCCAUAUAUCCCUGAGAGAAUAAACUACCCCUGGAAAUUCAUACUUUUCCAAGACAGAUACAUGAAUAUACUCCCCAUUUUUCUAAACCUUCGUUAACUUGAAUAGCUGUCUGGUAUAGCUCCCCAGUCCCGCUUACGUCAAUAGGCUUCGUUUCUGAGCUCAGACCACACCACGGCCCCCACCUUUGGACAUGUUCCAUGUUGCUAGUGGUCUGUCCCCACUUCAUAAUGCAGCACAGUGAUUUUUCUAAAGUAUAAAUCUGUCCCUGUCAUUUGCCUAUGUAAACUCAUGCUUAAAGAGGCUGAACUAGUUGAAUUGGGAAACUAUUAGAGCAGGAGACUGAAUCCUGUGUCAGUCAAUGGUUUGGUAAACGCCCCUCUGCACAAUCCACUUGUGGUGGUCGGGGGCGGGGAAGGGGCGGGAUUGAGCCCCCUCCCUCCUCCUUCUUACUGCGGAGAGCUGCAGAGCCAGUCCGCACUCACUGCGAGCUGUGAGCUGAACUGCGAGCUGCGCUGUGGAGGCACUUGGCUGGGAGCUGCGGAGGAAGUCAGACAGCGCUCUCUGAGAGCUGUGGUGCCAGCCAGGCAGCGCUCCGCUCGCUGAGAGCUGCGGAGAGAUCCAGGCAGCACUCGCUGAGCGCUGCGGUGCCAGCCAAGCAGCGCUCGCUGAGAGCUGCGGAGAGAAUCCGCAGCUGUCUCUCAGAGCGGCAGGGUGAGCCAGGCAGCGGAGCUGGCUUCCCACAGAGCUCGCGAUGGAUGGGGAUCCUCCUGGGCCGCCACGUCGGCAUUCUCAACACUGGAAGAAAAAACGCAACAAUCGGAGACGGGCAGCUAGCAGUCAAUCAAGGGACACGUCGCAGCUAAGUACGAACCUGGGUGAUUCCAGCCCUCCGGAGUCCCCUGUGCCUCCAGUCCAUAGCCGCCCUACAGUACUGAUGCGGGCUCCGCCUGCUUCCUCCCGGGCUCCUCCAGUCCCUUGGGAUCCACCUCCAGUGGACUUGCAGGCUCCCCUGGCAUCAUGGCAGGCUCCUCAGGCUGCCUGGGAGGCUCCAGAGGGCCAGUUGCCUGCCCCAGUGGCUCAGCUGGCCCAGCCUCCUGCCCUAGGGGCCCCAAUGGUCCAGGCUCCCCCUCUGGGGGGGGCGAUGGCCAAGCCUCCAACUCCUGGAGUCUUGAUGGUCCAUCAGCCCCCUCCGGGAGCCCCAAUGGCCCAGCCAUCAACUCCAGGAGUCCUGAUGCUUCAUCCUUCUGUCCCGGGGGCCCCUUUGGCUCAUCCUCCUCCCCCAGGAAGCCAAAUGACACACCCUCCUCCUCCUCCUGGGACCCCGAUGGCACACCCUCUUCCUGGGACCCCAAUGGCCCACCCUCCUCCUCCUCCUCCUCCUCCUCCCCCUCCUCCUCCACCUCCUCCACCUCCUCCUCCUGGGACCCCUAUGGCCCACCCUCCUCCUCCUGGGACCCCUAUGGCCCAUCCUCUUCCACCUGGGAACCCGAUUGUGCAUCCUCUGCCUCCUGGAACCCCGAUGGUCCAUCCUCCCCCACCUGGAACUUCAAUGCCGCAUGCUCCAAUUCCGGGGACACCGAUAGCCCAGCAACCAACUCCAGGAGUCCUGAUGACCCAGCAGCUGACACCGGGAGUCCUGAUGGUCCAGCCUCCUGCUCCAGGAGCUCCGAUGGUCCAGCCUGCUCCACCAGCUGCCUUGAUGACCCAGCCUUCACCUUCGAUAACGACGAUGGCCAAGCCUCCAGGUCCUGGUGUCGUGAUGAUCCAUUCUCCAGGUGCCAGAGCUCCAGUCAUUCAGCCUCCAGUGUCAGGAGCACCGAUGGCACAGCCAGUGCUGCCCCCAGGGCAGCCUCUGACUUCGUGGGCCCCACAGGGUCAGCCUUUGAUCCUGCAAAUCCAGUCUCAAGUCAUAAGGGCUCCUCAACAGGUUCCCCCUGCCCCAUCAACCCCACAGGUGCAACUGGGUACAGGCCCUAGCUGGCAAGCCACCACACCCAACUGGCAGGUGACCCCCCAGGGUUGGCAGGGGACGCCCUUGAACUGGCAGGGCACGCAGGUCUCUUUGCAGGCCCCCACAAUAGCCUGGCAGGCCCCUCCUAUGCGCCAAGGGUUCCCACCUAUUCGUCCUGGUCCCGCACCCAUUCGACCUGGAGCGCCUGCAAUACUCCGCCAGAUGCCACCUGUGAUUCGUCAGGCCCCAUCACUGAUGCGACAAAUCCCACCAUUGAUCCGCCAGGCCCCUCUACCUUUCAGACAAGCUACACAUGGCAUAGCAAGCCAGACUCAUCUGUGGCAAGUCCUGCCACCCCCGCCGCCACUGCGCCAGGCUCCACAUACUCGUCUGCUGAUCCCCAGGAUGCCAGGGGCACCUCAUGUGCCUACAGCACCACAAGUUACUCAGAUACAUUUGGUGCCACAGGCAGGCCUACAGAUGCCCCAGACAUUGUUCCCAGCAUCACUGUCUAUCACAAUUCCUGUGCCACAGGUUGCCCCUCAGUCUGGUCCCCGAGGUAUGCAUUGCCCAACCAUCAUCUGGCAGGCCCCCAGAGGCCAACCCCCGGCACCACAGGAGCUCCAGGUGCCACAGGAGCUCCAGGUGCCACAAGAGCUCCAGGUGCCACAGGAGCUCCAGGUGCCAGAGGAGGUCCCGGUGCCACAGGAGGUCCCGGUGCCAGAGGAGGUCCCGGCGCCACAGGAGGUCCCGGUGCCACAGGAGGACCCGGUGCCACAGGAAGACCCGGUGCCACAGGAGGUCCAGGUGCCACAGGAGAUCCAGGUGCCACAGGAGGUCCCGGUGCCACAGGAGGUCCCGGAGCCACAGGAGGUCCCGGAGCCACAGGAGCUCCCAGUGUCAUUGGAGUUCCAGGAGGUACAGCAGGCCCGGGCAAGGGGCUGGCAGGCACCCAAGGCACCCACUCACUUCUGGCAGCCUGCGCCUGCCCAGGAGGCCCAGGAGCAGGCCACUCAGCUCACCCAUGUGGAGCAGCAGCAGCCCUUUCGGGGAGUUCCAGCCUCCCACAGAAGCCGGCAAACUCGGAGGCAUACCCACCAGGCCCAAGCCACAGGCCUGCAGGCAGAACUGCCCUCAAUACAACCGCAGCCUUCUUGGCAAGGCCCACCCCCAACAGCGCAGGCACAGCCCGGAGCCUCCAGAGCACCAACAAAUUUUCCCAGGGGCCCCACUAGGUCACACAUGACUCCGUCAGGAGAACCUGGCCCCUCUUCGCUAGAACCUAGAGGCCCUCCUAGAGAUCGUAGGUCCUCUGCAAGGGACAGAAAGGGCCCUCCAAAAGAUCGCAUGAUCAUUGGUGCCACAUUCUGUGCUCCAAGGGCAGCAUCAGCGUCCAGGGCUUACCUGCCAACUGCUUGGAGAAACUUGCCUGCCACAUCAGAGAACUUAGCUGCCACUUCAAGGGUCUUUCCACCUACCUCUCAUUUUCAGGCUGCCUCUUCUAAUGCCUUUAGAGGUCCAUCAGCCACCUCAGAGAGCCCAAAGUCACUGCCAUUUGCUCUGCAGGAUCCUUAUGCCUGUGUAGAGGCCCUGCCUGCAGUUCCCUGGGUUCCAUUUCCUGAGGUGAAUGCCUCCUCAGCAUGUAAGGCAGUGCCUGCCAUCCUGAUGGUGACAGCAGCUGCCCCCCAGGCAAGUGCCACUAUUCCAGAGGCCUCCAAGUCUGCAGAGCCACCACGGCGCUCUGGCAAAGCCACCAGGAAGAAGAAGCAUCUGGAGCCCAAAGAGGAGGAUUGUGGCCAUAGGAUGACCUCACGCGACUGGCGGGGGCCCCGACCCUGUGAGAGUACCAGGCAGAAUGACUGGGAGAUCCAAAGGGCAAUGCAGCUUCUGGGGGACCGAGACUCCUUCUACACUCCCCAGGUUAGGACUGGAUGUCCACGAGACAAGUGGUCUCUUCAGGAGCACGAAGAAGCUCAUCACCCUUGUGUUUGAGAAACACAGGCACCUAGACUACAGGCAAGUCCCGUUCACGGAGUCAGCAGAAUUACGAGCUUCUCUGGGGGCCGCGCGCAUUCCUCGAGACCAACCAGGUGCACAUCUUGAGAUUGUUGGCCGCACUCUGCGCGAACCAGGCCCAGACAUGGACAUCCCAGUACCUUGAGUUACUGUCGGCGUUGGAAUACAAGGACACAAACGAGACAUCCCAGUACCUUGAGUCACUGUCGGCGUUGGAAUACAAGGACUCGAACAAGGAGCCUAGUGACAGUGAUGAUGACACCCAUGACCCCACCAGCAGUCCCCAUCCUUAUUAAUAGGUGUUACCAAGAUGAACUAAUGAACUUAUCCCUGUGGGGUACCAGGCCAAAGGCAACUGACAAUGGGGGGAGGGGGGACAUUGUGCUUUCUGGUGUUUUUGGUAUUGAUCUGUGUGUGUAAGUUUGAAUUUUCAGCCUGUUUUUAUAUUUGCCAAAGCUUUGUACACUUUUGUGAGGUGUUGAUUUAAACUGGCUGCUCUACUGUUUUGUAUUUUGGCAUCUGUAUUUUUAAAUGAGAUCUGUGGUUCCCUGUUUUGUGUUCUAGUUGUUACGUUGUGGUAUCAGAGUCGUGCUACCUUUGUGAAAUGAAGUGACAGUCCAUCCGUCUUGUUCUGUUUAAGUGAAAUCAUACUAGAAUGUUCUUUGGUUGUUAACAUGACUCAUCAGUAAAAUACAGUCUGGAGAAAAGUAAAGAUCUAUAUCUAUAUAAAUUUACUUUUAGCAUAACA